UUUCAUUCAUUCAUUCCUAUAACACGGCGUUACGUGUUAUCAUCAUCAUCUUCAUCCCAUCAUGUAUACAAUAAAAAAACAUGUGCAUAAGUUUUGAUUUUUCAUAAAGUUGAAUAAUGUUAUUGGAUAGAAUAACAAAUGUGUUUCCUUUUAAAGAUAAAAGAAAGAAAAAAACCAUCAAAGUUUAAAUACUGAUAGUUGAUUAAACCAUUUUGUGCAAGUUUUGUUAGCUAUAAAUACCCUUCCCCUGUUUCACUGCACAUCACAUCCUCUGUUUUUUCUCAUUUGCAUAUUCCGAAACAGAGUAUUUUCAGAGAAAGAUGACUGUGGGAGCAGGAAUUUCUGUUUCUGAUGGCAACUUGAUGGUGUUGGGGAACAAGGUUCUGAGUCAGGUUCAUGGCAACGUUCUUGUUACCCCUGCAUCUGGUGGUGCUUUGCUCAAUGGAGCAUUCAUUGGGGUUCAAUCUGAUCAAAAGGGUAGCCGCAGAGUCUUCCCCAUUGGCAAACUUGAGGGGUUGCGGUUUAUGUGUGUAUUUCGCUUCAAAAUGUGGUGGAUGACACAGAGAAUGGGAAAUUGUGGAAAAGAAGUUCCCAUUGAGACGCAGUUCUUGCUUAUUGAAGCACAUAAUGGUUCUGAUAUUGAUGGAGGGAUCAACAAUGGAGAAGACCAAGCUGGUAGUAGUAGUACCUAUGCACUUUUCUUACCUAUUCUUGAAGGAGAUUUCAGAGCAGUUAUUCAGGGGAAUGAUCAGAACGAGAUUGAGAUCUGUGUGGAAAGUGGUUGUCCUGAUGUGGAGGAAUUUGAUGGGACUCAUCUGAUGUUUGUUGGGGCUGGAUCAGAUCCUUAUGAAGUCAUAACAAAUGCUGUUAAGUCUGUUGAGAAACACUUGAAGACAUUUUCUCACAGAGAGAAAAAGAAGAUGCCAGAUAUUUUGAACUGGUUUGGGUGGUGUACAUGGGAUGCUUUCUAUACUAGUGUCAAUUCAGAGAAUGUGAAGCAAGGAUUACAAAGUUUUGAAAAAGGUGGAAUUCCUGCUAAAUUUGUUAUAAUUGAUGAUGGAUGGCAAUCUGUUAGCAUGGACCCUAAUGGCACUGAAUGGAAAGCUGAUAAUGCAGCCAACUUUGCAAAUUGCUUAACACAUAUCAAAGAGAAUCACAAAUUCCAGAAAGAUGGCAAGGAGGGUCAGCAGGUAGAGGAUCCAGCUAUGGGACUUCGUCACAUUACCAAUGAAAUCAAACAAGAACAUGCCAUAAAGCACGUGUAUGUGUGGCAUGCAAUAACAGGAUAUUGGGGUGGUGUGAAACCUGGUGUUACAGGCAUGGAGCACUAUGAGUCAAAAAUGACCUUCCCUGUCUCAUCUCCUGGAGUAAAAUGCAAUCAAGAAGAUGAAUCUUUAGAUACCAUGACCAUCAAUGGGCUUGGGCUUGUGAAUCCUGAGAAAGUUUUUCACUUUUAUGAUGAACUUCACUCAUAUCUCGCAUCUGCUGGUAUUGAUGGUGUCAAAGUUGAUGUUCAGAACAUCCUUGAAACUCUCGGCGCAGGACAUGGUGGGAGGGUAAAACUUGCAAGGAAAUACCACCAGGCACUGGAGGCCUCAAUCUCUAGGAACUUCCCUGAUAAUGGAAUCAUAUCUUGCAUGAGUCACAACACUGAUGGAUUGUACAGUGCAAAGCGUUCAGCUGUUAUCAGGGCUUCAGAUGAUUUCUGGCCUAGGGACCCUGCAUCACACACUAUUCACAUUGCUUCUGUUGCUUACAACACUAUUUUCCUUGGUGAAUUUAUGCAGCCAGAUUGGGAUAUGUUUCAGAGCUUACAUCCGAUGGCUGAAUAUCAUGCUGCUGCUAGAGCAGUAGGAGGUUGCCCUAUUUAUGUCAGUGACAAGCCAGGACACCAUGACUUUAAUCUUUUGAAGAAGCUUGCACUUCCUGAUGGUUCUAUUUUGAGGGCUAAACUUCCAGGAAGGCCAACUAAGGAUUGCUUAUUUUCUGAUCCUGCCAGAGAUGGAAAGAGUCUUCUGAAGAUAUGGAACAUGAAUGAAUUUUCCGGAGUAGUAGGUGUUUUCAAUUGCCAAGGAGCUGGGUGGUGCAAAGAUGGAAAGAAGAACCUUAUCCAUGAUGUGAGUCCAGGCACAAUCACUGGUAUCAUUAGAGCUAAAGAUGUUGACUAUUUACCAAAGGUUGCAGAUGAUAAAUGGAAUGGGGAUUCCAUUGUAUUUUCACAUGUUGGUGGAGAAGUAAUUUACCUUCCAAAGGAUGUGUCUAUCCCUAUUACCUUGAAAUCAAAAGAAUAUCAAGUUUUUACAGUAGUUCCCUUGAAGGAGUUAGCAGAUGGUAUCAAAUUUGCACCUAUUGGUUUGAUCAAGAUGUUCAAUGCAGGAGGGGCUGUUAAAGAGUUCAGUUUGGGGUCUAAUGGAAGUAAAAAUGUUACCAUGAAAGUGUGUGGUUGUGGUCAGUUUGGUGCUUAUUCAUCAACUAGGCCUAAGUUAGUUACAGUUGAUUCAGAAGAGGUGGAAUUCAAGUAUGAGGAAGAUUCUGGUUUGGUGAUCAUUGAUUUGAGAGUGCCAGAAAAAGAGUUGUACCAAUGGAGCAUUUCCGUUGAUUUGUGAAUGAGUGACUACUGUCUAAACUUCUGAGUAUAUGAAGAAUUGGUGACAUUUUGAUCUGUAUGAAGACCAGUAGCAGGAAGUGUUAGUAGUCACUGAUUCUUGUAAUGCAUAAUCAGAAGUGAAGUGAAUGAAUUUCACAAAGCUUUUUAUCAAUUUAUUGUAAUAUACAUGGGCAGAAUGCAAGAGUAAAGCUUUGUAUCAAUUUUCUUGGUGCAAGAGCAAAGAGUGCAAUUUGCAAAGCAAACACAAUCUAUAAGCAGAAUGCAAGUUAAUCUUACAAAGCUUUGACAAAAAAUAAAACACCAUGCAAAGGUAGAUGAAAUAAAACACCAAUCACUCAACCUCUUGCGCCACCACCAGCGCAACUUCCUCCUCCUUCAACGCGGCUUCCUCCUCCUUUUGAUGAAAUUCAAUCUGAUGAUGAAUGGAUAACUAAAAAGGUAGAUGUAGAGGAGAAUGAUAUUGAUGAUCAUGAUGAUAUUGUGGAUAUCAUUGAACUAGUUUAAGACAACAUUGAGAAUUUGGUUCUUGAUCCUAAUGUUGGAGGGUCUAAGUCUAUCUCAUCUGAGGAAUAACUUGAUGGUGAUGAUGGAGAUUAUGAUUCUAGUUGUUCUAAAUUCGACGGUGUUGUAGGAUUUUAAAUUUGGAUGACUAGUGACUUACUUGUUCUUGUUUUAAGUUUAUCCUAACUUGUAUUGAUGUUUUGUUAA